AUGUAUUGUAAUUAUUUUAAAUUAUCUUUGUUUUCUAUUCUACUGUGUAUAUUAAUAAUUACACAUAAGUUUUCCCAUGAUCAAAUAUUUCAUAAUAAAAUAAAUACGGUUGAUAUAAUAAAUGCAACACCUAGGAUACUACUAGCCGAACCAGAAGAAACAGAUAUAUUUAAAAAUAAUUUAGGAGAAAAUUCACUCACAUACCCAAAAAAAAAUAAAUUAGACGAAAAUGAUAUGAAAUAUCCUAAAACAUCAUCUGUAUCUAUAUCGAAUGAAGAAAUUCAACAAGAACAAGAUAAUCAAACAGAACAGGUAGAAUUUGGAAAUGAAAAUAAUAAUAAAUCAGAUUUACAGAAAUCGAAAAACAAAUUACAUUCUCAAGACAUUUAUACAAGAAUUUUAUUGAUAUGUGGAUUUCCAUGGUCUCCAAUUGUUUUUCUUAUAUAUUACUUACACAAAAAAAAUAAAAAAAAUAAACAAAAUAAAAAAAAUAAACAAAAUAAAAAAAAUAUCCAUGAAGAUCAUGUCAGCAUAUCUGAAAAAAAUAUAGAUGCCAUUUCUGUAUAUUAA